UUAGUGUGCAGAAGCCAGCAGCUCACCAUAUGUACUACAAGUGGCAAUGUAACUCUGGGGCCCCCAACUAUAGUAAGUUGAAUUGCUUUACGAGAUCAGAAACAAUUCCUCAGUGUCUGUUUUGUUAAUGAAAAUGUUCCCUUUUGAAAACGCUUGUUUAUUUGUUAUGGUCCCUGUUAAGAUUUUAUUCAGAUCCUGCUCAGUGCUGCUAUAAUUUUUAAUGUUAUUUUUGUAAGCGGAAGCAUCUUAAUAUUUUAAUUGAUUUCUUGUAAAAUACCUUUGAACAAUAAGGAUACUGUUUAUUUUUUUCUUUCUGUCUGUAGGUGUCAGAGAACCCGAUUGUGGAAAAACUUAGUGUGGAAAUGGACGUGGAGAAAAUAAGGAAGGAAAGUGCGAUAUACAGGGACCUACAGCCAGGUAGUUUCCUUUUUGAGUAUAGAAGUAAACUCAAUGAUGCGGCCUUCAACAUUGCUCUUGAAAAUCCAACACUGAUUUCAAAUAAGGGGACACUUCUUGAGCAGGCCAAAAAAAAAGUAGAGGACGAUGGGUACCUGUACAAGAAGAAAAAAUCACGGUCUCCAACUCUUAAUGCACCACAACCUGAAAAAUCUGACAAGAUGAAUCCAAGCAUGAGAGCAAAACAACUACAGCAAAUCAGCGAGGAUGUGGACGAAGUUAAAAAGGAAAUCUUUCACUUGGAAAGAUCGCGUGAAAAGGCUAGGAACGUAAACGCCGAUGAGCGGGCUCUCCGGUUAACUAAAGAAAUGGAACCUCUACGAGUCAGGAAACGACAUCUAGAAGAAGAGUUACUUCUUUUGCAGAGAAAAGAAAAGAAGUAUUCAAAAGACAAAGAAAGGAGAGAGAAGAAAAGCACAACAGCUCCACCCGGUGUAAAGCAAGGGAGAAAGCCCAGCUCGUGCAAAAAGGGAAGCUUGGAUUUUUUAAUCAAGCAAAUUGAAGGUAAAGGGCAGAGCAGUCAGAGCAACAGUAACUCCCCAGGACAAGAGAAAGAAGGUGGAGAAGACUCUGGUCGUCAUCAGCUUGAGGGGCAGAACAGUCAGAGCAGCAGUAACUCCCCAGGACAAAUGCAGGAAGGUGGUGAAGACUCUGGUCAUCAUCAGCUUGAGGGGCAGAACAGUCAGAGCAGCAGUAUCUCCCCAGGACAAAUGCAAGAAGGUGGUGAAGACUCUGCUCGUCAUCAGCUUGAAGAGCAGAGUAGUUUCCCGUCGUCAAGUCUUACAAAUGAGUCUUUUUUAGUCCAGAAUCUGGACAGCCAUGUGACUGUCCAGAACUUCUCCUCUACAUUAGUUUGAAGGACAAAGCUGUAGCUGAUGUGAGUAGUUGUCGUAAAGCUGAUGGAAUUUAUCAGUCCUUUUUGUCUGGUAUGACAUUGUUACAAUUUGUGAAGGCAAGGUCUGCAUACUGUUCAAAAGAUCAUGCUGUUGGGUGUCGUGAGUGUAGCGGUUUAAUACAGGCAGCAAAUAAAAUCAUCUCAUCUGGCAUAGCUGAUGUUGCCGAUACGUUUCGCAAAUGUUUUCCACUUGUUAAAUAUCAAUGUUAUAACGCAAAGCGUAGAUUUCUGCAGUUGCCAGUUGUUAUUUUUGAAACCAGCACACAAGGGAAAGGUUCCCAGAGACUGUGUAUGAUUGAGCAACAGUCAGGUGUAGACUAUGUAACAUUUGUCUCUUUGUUUCGUAAGCUGAUUCCAUCUGGCACUGUAUCUGGUGGGAUUAAUAAAGCAACCCUCAGUGGACUUUGCAGUUUAGCUUCUACGGAGUCUGACCGUAAAUUAAUAAAGUAUGCAGCUUGUGCGUCAAGAAAUCUUUCUGAGAAGAAGGCAUCUCAAACUUACGGAAUCUCCAAUUAUGGUGCGCUGAGAAACGAAGUCGAGGGCGCCUUGCAAAAGGCUUGUGAAAUUAGAAAUGAAGUAAUGCAAAUUGCUGCCGUUAAAGAACGAGCUUUUCUUAGAACACUCGGUAUAGAUGUCGCAAGCAGCAGUGAGUCAGAGUCUGAUGAUUCUUCAACUUCGUGUGAGUGGGCUAGUGAUAGUGAACAAUCAGACACAGACAGUGAGAACAUAACAAGAGAAACUAACUGUGAUAAAUUCCAAGCACGCGAAGACGUAGAUGUAAACAGUACUCGCAGUCCAGGCAUACAAGGUCAAAUCAGAACUCAAGAGGGCACAUUAAAGGAAGUAAGCUGUGAUGAAACACAAUUAGAUAUGAACGGCAACUCCGAGUGCUUUCAGGCUACUACACCACAGUUAGAUCCAGAUGCUAGCCUUAACAAGGAAGCUGCCCAGUCUCUCGUUUUCACCCCUACCCAGGACCAUCUGGCAUUGAUGCUAAGAGAAAGUAAUCUUAAUUGGUUUGUUUUUGUUGAUGAGUUGAUAGUUCUUUUGAGGCAAUACAAUACUUCAGUCAUUGAACAGGUCUUGCUUGAUUUUGCACACAACAUGUCUUUUAUGGAUUUCACUGAAGAGGAGGAAAGGUUAAUAGAGCAAUCCAGACAAGCCUAUUUAACUCGAAGUAGACAACAGGCCUUAGGCUGCCAAGACAACAGGGUCGUUACUGACUCAGAAAGUGACAAUCCAGAACAGUGGCUCUCUGUGAAGAAGCUAAAUUCUCCUGAGGGAAUCAAAAUGAUUAAGAAGCAGAGACGUAUUUUACGUUCACAAACAAAACGUGGAGUGGCAAAAGCAAUUGCAAAUAGGUGUUUGUUAAAACGAAAGAUUCCAAGGCGAGUUUCUUCAAUUUUAAAGGAAUUUCCUAGCAUAGGUAGAGACAUUGAGGAAUAUGUGAGGAGCAGGAGGUGUGGUGCAGAUGCAUGGAGGAGGACAGGGGUCGUUACUUUCGAUGGCAACAGAAAGCGGGGACCUAAGGCUUCUUACAAACGUAUUCAAGAGCAUCUCAAACAGAAAUACCAGACAAAGAGGAUCAGUUAUGGAACAGUAGUUCAGCUUUGUACCAUAAGGAACAGAAGGAAGCUAUCAGCUAAACGGUACAAGGGCAUUGCAAAGGUGACAUGCAGGAGGUCACGGAAAGGAUUCAACGUUAAGUAUAAUCCUGAUGCUCACUGGAGCACUUCCUUUUAUAAGGCAUUAGAUGUUUUGCAGCUAGCUGAUGGAUGCAACAAAGUUUUAAUAAAUAGAGACGACCAGGCAGGCUUUCGUCUUGAUACGACGUAUACCCAUAAGGGUCGUGGUGUACUCUGUGAGGAAAUGGAAACCACAACAAGGGUUGAUUAUGUGAACACCUACAGUUCCAUUCUCCAGACGACAUCGUAUCAUGUCAUGGAGUCCAACACUACACCUCAAGCGUGUGCAGGCAUUGUUAAAGCCCAGUAUGUGUAUCCUAAAAAUCCAGCACAGCAUGCUGCAGAUAUGAGAAUGUUAGAAAACCAUUUUGAGUUUUGUGACCAUCUGAAAGAUAAGGAGUUUGACUGCAUCCGAGUUGAUGGACCUCAUGACGAAAAUCCAACAGGAUUGGAAACUCAGUUUCUAUGGACUGAAAGGCAUGUGGUAAAUAGGAAAACAUGCACUAUGGUCACUACACGUCACAGUGGUGGCAGUUAUUUAAACCGUGUAGAGCUACAAAACGGGUGUCUAGCCUUGGCUCACAGCCAUCUUUUCAUACCAUCAACACUCAAUGGCCACAAUUUCAAUGAAAAGGGGUUAGAUUGUGUUAAGCUACGAGCGAACUUAGAUGCUGCAACAGAGGUUUACAUUAACAGGGUGGACGGUGCACCAUGUGGUGAUACACCUAUCCGCCUGUUGAAAGGAGCGGACGAUGAAUAUGCCUCGUAUCUUCAAAACCGUCGCCCAGACCUGCUAACCUUCCUAAGUGGUUCAAAGAGAGCUAAGGAACAACUGAAAAGUUCAAAACCCACACAGUUUCAGUACUUUAGUGAGAUAUGGAGCGUCAGAAACAAGCACAUGGUUAAGAGUGUUGCAGAUAAAUAUGUAUUCCUCUUGGUCCCUUGUUUUAAGGAAGACUGUGUACAUCCACUCUGUAAGAAAGGUAAGCCGCAAAAUGAACCCCUGUGGAGUGAGAACAAUCUACCCAUCUCAUUGCUUCCCUUGCCAGUACCUGAUAAGUCAAGACCAUGGGGUGGAAGCUGUGAAAAAUGUGUUGGCUUCUGUGCUGGGCACUUUCUUCCUCCACGGCAGUGUUUCGAGCACAUCAAGGAACAUGGAAUGCAAGACUGCGCAGUCCCCCCAUCCAUAGUACUAAAAAAGGCUUUUGAAGAUGCAAAACAGAAAGAUGUGCAACUUGAGACGCUGAUUCCAGAAUUAGCAAAGGCGACUCUUCUCACCACUGAUGAGGUAAAAAUGUGGUUCGCUCACCUUCAGCUGGUUAAAGACAGACGCAAAGAGGGGGCUAAAAAGGCAAAAGACACAAGAACCAAGAAGAAAGGUAUCUGUACCAAAAGUUUGCUCCAGUAACAAAAAGUCCACUUGAGACUGACUUUUAAAGUAAAAGGUGAUAGUGUAUCUUUUUUGUACUUUACUUACUAUUACAGCAGAGAAACAACGAAACACUCCAAAUGACAGCGAUGCUGAUGAUGAAGAGGAGCCCUCAUACUGUCCGUGUGGUGCGGAGAACAGUGAUGACAUGAUCUGGUGUGAUGGAGAUGAUGUGUGUACACACAAAUGGUUCCACUACAAAUGUGUUGGCCUUACCUCAAGGACCAUUCCUCCAGGGAAGUGGUUUUGUCCUGGUAAGUGAUGGUUCUUUGUUAGCUGUACAGACUGGAAAGUUUUUGAGUUUAGUGUCUGUUUGUCAUUGACACUGUUUCUGUCAUGUUCUGCAGAUUGCGAGAAGAAGCGAACAAACAAGUGA